AUGCCAAGUCAAUAUUUGAGGCAUAUGGUCGAACGGUCGUUGGAAUUCGACCCGAUUGAGUUAAACAUUUUGAGGCAUGUCUUAUUUGAAACCGUACUCAUGUUCGUGUUUUGUUUUGUUUUCUCUUUGUUCGGGACGAACAAAGAUUGCGAUCUCAUUGAUAUCGUCCCACUCGUACGCUUCCCUACAUCAGUUGGUAUCAGCAGUCAGUACGAUUCGCGAUGCCGCCGGGAUGACAAGAUGCCGCAAACAAACAAUGUGAUGCAACCUUCAACGAUCGGUUUCAACAGAUCGACUACCGAUUUGAACAAUUGGACGUGCACGAACCGCGAUGGGGCUGUGGGCUGUGGCUUUCGCGGGGGAGACAGAGGCGGACAUGGGGGAAGCCAUGUCGAGGCGCCCCGACAGCGAUCCCCGCCACCUCUGAACGGCAACGACAUUGGCAACUCCACUGGGUCGUCUAACUCGUUUACAGAUCGACCACCAUGGCUAGGAGACGACAACAACGUCGACGAGGAAAACCUAGGUGCGGCCCGAUUUUUCGAGCAACGUGACCAGUAUAGGCCCAAUGGUUUUGUGGGCCGCUGGCUGCGCGAACAGCAACGCACGACUACGAUAUUCGGCGACACGGCUGCGAUAUUCGGCGACACACAAGGGCCUGAUAUUGUUGGCGAUGGCCGAUGGGAAUCGGUGUUUUGUGUAGACGAGUCAUUCUACGACGGACCGCCGGUGUUUGAUGAAGGACUCGAGGAGCUUCUUAUUGGCGACACGGGCAGCUUUUACAACAGUGGUCGGAUUUCCGUUGUGGAGCCUCUGGAACUGGUGGAAGAGGAGGACUAUGUGGCUUCAGAUGCAAACCUACAUAAGAAUCCAAGCAAGCAGGGUCAAGUUUAUGACGUGAAGCAGCAAAAAUCUGAGGGCUCUGUUUCAUCCACGAAUCUCAUGGGUUUGGGUACAAGAGUAAUAUUACUUUUGGCGUCUAAAGGAGGGAACUCACGAAUCUUGAAUUGCAAGAGAAUUAUGUUGUUUGGUGCUGUUGGGACAAUUAUAUCCUUCAGCAUCAUAUCAUUUGGUGCAAAAAUGUUAUUCGAGACUUUGGAUAUGGGCUAUCUCAAGGUUCAAGAUUAUCUUGCUAUUGGGGCCAUCUUUUCUUCUACAGAUUCUGUGUGCACCUUGGAGGUUCUUCAUCCGGAUUUGCUCUACAGUUUAGUGUUUGGUGAAGGUCUGGUGAAUGAUGCGAUUUUUGUAGUGCUUUUUAAUGCAAUUCCAAACUUUGGCCCCUUCACACUCACCAACAUUCUUGUUGCUUCUGCUAAUGCUUCUCUUUUCGAGCUUGGCCGACAGAUUCAUGCCAGGACACUUAGAUUAGGACACAGACAAGAUAAAUGUGGUGCUUUGGAAUGUGAUGAUAUCGAGUUAUGGCGUGCACGGGAAACGUCGGGCGAUGAUUGCCAUGGGUACGACUCCGGUGUCGGCACGUUUGGUCCGACUUCGAGGGCGAAGCCUUCCGAACCGGGGGAGGAUGAUGCGGAUAUUUAA